AUGGCUCCCGACCAGCAGGACGCUACUUUCGGCAUUCAGCCACAAAUAUCUUCUAAGUGGUCCAUCCAAGAACAAAAAACUCAAGUCAUCAUUAUCGGCGGUGGACUGAGUGGUUUACAAGCUGCUCAUGACCUUCAAGCAGCUGGCAUUUCCUGUCUCAUUCUCGAAGCUCGCGAUAGAGUUGGUGGUAAACUGUGGUCUGUACCUUUGGGCCCUGACAAAGGAUAUGUCGAACUUGGGGGUGCCUGGACCAAUGACGUGAAUCAGCCCAUGGUGACUGCACUGGUGAAAAAGUUUGGGCUGGAGAUGGUCAGGCAGAACAUCAUCGGCGACUGCAUCCUAGAGGAUCAUGGAAGGUUUCUCUAUGGAAGUGAUCCACCGCUCUCUCAAGAGGGCAAGAUAACAUUCGCUGAGAUAAGAAGUCGCGUUGAGGCUCUAUGCCACACCGUCAAGCCUGCAGAACUCAGCCAAUCUCUGACCAAGCAUGGAGACAUGAACAUGGAUAGUUUUGCAGUUUCCAUGGGUGCUAGCGACAUCGUACGUCGUUUAGUCAAUAUUUGGACUGCUGCCAUGUUGGGCGUCGAGUCGAACCAAGUCAGCGCCGUCUUCUUUAUGCACUACUGUCAAGCAGGAGGUGGUCUCAUCCAAAUGCGAUCAGACGGCAGAGGCGGCGGUCAGAGUAUGCGCUUUCGACACGGAACGCAGUCGUUAUGUUAUGGGCUUCGGAAUGGGCUCAAGCCAGAGACGGUCAUAUGCUCAACCCCUGUGCAAACAAUCGAGCAGGAUAUUAGCAGUGGAUGCCUGGUCAUCGCUCGGGAUGGAAGGCGUUUUCACUCUGAACGCAUCAUUUCCACGGUUCCAAGCGUCUUAUUAAACCAAAUAAAUAUCUCGCCGCCGCUAUCAGCAGAUAAAUGUUGGCUUAGCACUCACAGCAAGCUCGGGUUUUACGCAAAAGUGUUCCUCGUCUACUCAGAGCCUUGGUGGCGGAAACUCGGUCUCUGCGGCCUAGCACAAGGCCUCAGUGGACCAGUGGCUCUGACACGGGAUGCAUCGAGCGAUGAAGAUGGCUUGUUUGCAUUGAUAUGUUUCGUUGUAGGCCAAAGAGAUCGCAUUUAUGGAGCAGAUAUUCCACGGCCUCUGGAGACGCGAGAGCAAAUUUGGAACAAAGAGGAAUUUUCGCAGGGAGCGCCCUGUCCUGUGGUGCCCGCCUCUUGUUUGAGGAGCCUCAGUCAAGAUCAAUGGCGACCAGAAGGUUACAUCCACUUCGCCGGAACAGAGACGAGCACUGUGUGGAAGGGAUAUAUGGAGGGAGCUCUAGUUUCCGGAAGUAGAGCUGCGGGAGAGAUUAUCGAUAUAUUGUCUACAUGUACGACUCAAGUGGCGCAAUAG